UACCUUCAGUUCAGUUGUUAAAGGUUGUACCAACAAUCCGACAGUAAUCUUGUUGCUGCUAUUUUCAUGUAAAUAAGCAGUAUUAUUUUUUGAACGUGCUGAUUUCUUUUAACUAUCGACUUGAAGUAUAUUCAAUUUGCUUUUUUUUAACUAGAACAGCAGAUUACAAUUCGUCAAAAUUCAGCUAAAUUAACUUUGUGUUAAAACUUAUUGUUUGUUGUAGACUGGUGUGGAUAUUUUUCUUGAAACUUGAAAUUAUUAAGAUGAUAGUUUUUGUAUUUUUCAAGAAUCAAUACCAGCGAUAAAAAUGUCGAUUGGUAGAUUUCUCUAUUUCUUUGAAGAAAAUUCUAUAAACCUUAGUUUGGUCGCCGGAUUAAUGCAGUGCUUAAAAAAUUUGUAAUACAUUUAUUGGAUAAAACAAUGUCUCUGUCUUCAAAAAAGCACUGGAAAUUGCAAGAAUUUGUUGCACAUUCUGCAAAUGUUAACUGUCUUGCAUUUGGUCAUAAAUCUGGACGAGUGUUAGUGACAGGAGGAGAUGACAAAAAUGUUAAUUUGUGGGCAGUUGGGAAGCCAAAUUGUAUUAUGAGUAUAGCAGGGCACACAACAUCUAUAGAAUGUGUUUGCUUUGAUCCAAGAGAAAUUAUGGUGUGUGCUGGCUCUUUAUCUGGUGCUCUAAAAGUCUUCGAUUUGGAAGCUUCAAAAAUUAUUAGAACACUUACUGGCCAUAAAGCAGGAAUUAGGUGUUUAGAUUUCCACCCAUAUGGAGAUUAUAUUGUAUCUGGGUCCCUUGAUACAAAUAUAAAGUUAUGGGAUGCCAGAAAAAAGGGAUGUAUCUAUACAUAUAAAGGUCAUAGUAAAGCAGUCAAUACUUUAAAAUUUAGUCCUGAUGGCAAAUGGGUAGCAUCUGGUGCAGAAGAUGGCUCAGUGAAAUUGUGGGAUCUUAGUGCUGGUAAACUUUUAACAGAAUUUCAUGGUCAUUCAGCACCAGUAUCACGGGUUGAAUUUCAUCCAAAUGAGUUCCUUUUAGCUAGUGGUAGUGCAGAUAGAACAGUAAAAUUUUGGGAUUUAGAAUCCUUUCAGUUAGUGUCUACUGCUGGUGGAGAUGGACCUCCUGUAAGGUGUGUGUAUUUUCAUUCAAGUGGUUUGUGUAUGUUCAGUGGAUCUCAGGAUGUUUUAAGAGUUUAUGGCUGGGAGCCUGGUUGUACAUAUGACUCACUUGUUACUGGCUGGGGAAAAGUUUGUGACAUGACUAUGACACCAACUCAACUUAUUGCUGGCAGUUUUUCCAUGAACAGUGUGUCUGUACAUGUUGUUCAGUUAGAUUCUUUGAAACCACUCUCCAAGAUUGAUAGUAGUAAUAAUGUGUCAUAUAUUCCAAAUCAGUGCAUAAAUUCAGUGCCUGGAGCACAUUUGCGAAAGAAUUUUGAAAAAGAAUCUCCAAAUCAAAAACUUAACUCUUUGGACAUGAAGGUUGUAGAAAGUGCCAACCAAGAUUUUGACUUGGAAAAUGAUAACUUAAGUUUUGAGGAAGAAAUUGAAAGUGAUAAAGCAUUCAUUCCCAAAAGUGAAUUGUGUCGUACCCCACCUAAAAGUGACCCUUUUCCUAUACCUUUGGAUGCAUCAGAACCCAUGAAAGGGGAUUUUUUCAUUACAAAGAGAGAAACGAGGUCAAUUUCUCUACAGUCCAGUUACUCUGUGACUGAAAUUCCAGAAAAGUUAUCAAGAUCUCCUGCUUCAUCGCCAAUAAGAAUUGGAUCUCCGGUAAAAAAUUAUUGUCCACCACCUCCACAACCAGUUUCUUCCUCAAUUAGUGUACGUCCUCUACCCUACUCCUCUUCAUAUAGUAAUGUUCCUGAGACUAUAAAUUCCAAUUCAGUGUUCCUUAAUGAUAAGAACAUUCAUACAGUUAAAAAGCCUUGUGAGAAAGCCACUGCAAUUAGAUGGCCAGGUUACCCACCAGAAGCUGUGUCCAUAGUUCGACCAACAACUAUCAUACCAGAUAAAGAUUCUUUCAUGCAAAGAGUUAAUGUAUAUACUGAUCCCAUGAAAGCUAAAUCAGUUUCUGUUGCUCCAGAUUAUGUACCUGAACAGAGAGAUAAACCUGUUGGUUUAGAUGUGGAUGAUUUCUUACCUAAAUCUAUGCAACAGUGUCUUGGAAUCAGUCAUUCUGUUCAACCAGAAGUUUCUGAAGCUGAAGCCAUGAAUGUGAUAUGCCGUGAGCAUCAGCCUUUGUUAAUGGUUUUUGACAGCAGGCUCAAGAAACUGCAAAUUGUUCUUGCAGUGAUGAAAUCUAAAGGCCAUAAGAUUGCUAGUGAGACUGCUGUUAGUAUGAAUGAUCCUGCUGUGCUUGUUGACUUUUUAUCGGUUCUGAAUAGAAGGCAAGAUUUGUGGACGUUAGAUCUGUGCCAAAUUCUUCUACCUUCUAUUCAAGAUCUUGUACAAAGCAAAUAUGAAACAUAUAUGACUGUUGGAUGUUCGUCUGUGAAACUUAUAUUGCAAAAAUUUGGCAGUGUUAUAAAAUCAAACAUAGAUGCUCCACCUCGUAUAGGAGUUGAUCUUUGUGGAGAAGAAAGGGUGACAAAAUGUAGGUACUGUCAUGAACAGCUUUUAGCUAUUCAAUCAUUUAUUUUAAAAAGACAGACUAUGCAAGGCAAAUUGGGCCAAUCCUUCCGUGAACUUCUUUCAAUGUUGUGUACAGAAUUCAACAGAGUGUAGUACUACCAUCACUGGACUCUACUUGAAGACUGUGAAGCAAUAAAACAUGUUUGUGAUACUGAUGUGGCCUUUCAUUUUUCAGAUAAAUACUGUAUUUCAAUAAAAUAUUUAAAGUGCCAUUUCUAUUCUUGCCUAUAGCUGUAUGUAUGGAAACUUAAAUUUUGGGAGUACAUUCAUGUUGUAUAUAUUUAAUUCACAAGAUAUUUGUGUAUUAAUAUUGUUGAUUAAAUAAUGAAACUAAACUCGUUAAACAACUUUUAGCAAAGGUUUCAUUAUCUGUCUCCUAAUUGUGGCUUUAUGUAUGAUUUUAGAGGUCUGAAUUACAAAUGCCUCUUAUUCAUAGAUGAGACAUUUUGUAAAUAAAAGUAUUUGUUUCCAGCAGUCUGCUGUUAUAGUAGCAAUAAUAAAUAUAAUUUAUAAAUAUUACUAAGCUGUGAUUAUCUUGCUACUAAUGUACUCAUUCAUUUUAGUCGACAACAUGUAUGCCAAGAAAUAUUAGCUUUUUGAAAGAAAAAAGUUUUAAAAUGUAAAUUUGACUUAAUUUUAAAGAUUGUCAUUUAUUUAAAAAGAAAGAAAGAAAAUAUAUGUUUGUUAGAUGAAGGCUGUUGUGAGGUAGACUUAGAAUAAGUUGAAUUUCAAAUUCUCCAAAGCUUGCUCAUGUUUUGUCCGAAAAAGGAAGUAAAAAGACUUCCAUGUAAUGUUAAAUUAAAACUUUUGAUCUCAUUAUGGUUAAGAAUAAUACUUUUCUAUUUACACUGUCAAGCAUACUAUGAAUCAUUAAGAUUAGUAUAAUAACUUACAGAAUAAAUUGUGAUAUAACAUUCUUUUCUCUACUUUGAGUUUAAAUUAAAUAUUGUCUGAUCAUGAACAUGCUAAAUUGAGGGUUGUUGAUGUGAUUUCUUUUAAAUUGGAAUUGGUAUUUUUAAGGACAAAGAAUGCAAGAAAUAACAUUUUCUAAAUUUCUACUUGUGUGUUGUAUUAUUAUGUUUCCUAAAUUUAAAUAGUUAUGUUUUUUAGGGGAAAGCAAAAUGUCCUGAAUGGAUUCUGUUUAUGAAUUAUUUUUACUAUUUUUCUUCUAAGCAAUAUUUCUGAGUUUUUAAGACUUUUUUUUAUGGUGAUUUAAAUUUUAUCAUCGUAAGCAAAUAAGAAAAUUACAGGCAUGUUUGCAUUUUUUUUAAUUGUAAAAAUUACUUCCUGUAGAAUUUUAAAUUAUCCUCUUUUUUAUUUGACAUUUAUUAGAAAUAAAAAAUAACUCAUUCCACCCCCACCCCCCCUUUUUUUAGGGUGUGAAUCAAUAAAUUUUAGGGAAAAGGAUGCAAUCUUUUUUUAAUACAUAUAUAAAGAAAAUUAAAUAUUUAUUUCCUGUCUUUCAUCCUCUCUACAUAUUUGCAUUUUUUAAAUGUGAAUUUAGUGUUGAUUAUAUCUUGUCUCUGAAAUAGAAGAUUUGCUUAAAUCUUAUAAAUUGGUAUUUAAAAUUAUAUCUAAUUAUUAUCUGAAAAGGAAAAAUCAGUGUAAUGAGUUGAGCUUUGGAAGCAAAUUAGUAUAUGUGUUGUUUAAAAAACAAAUUUGGGAGACACACUUCAUACUGGUAUUGGUUUAAUACUGUGUCUAUCUGUAGUUGUAUGAAGCCGUUGGUCCUUCUCAAAAUAUCAAUAAGGUAUUAAUAAGUUUAUUAUCAUUGUAUUGCAUUGUUAAUUUAACCAUUCUAAAAUAGUUUUUAGAUUUUUGGUUGUAAAUAGAAUUCUGUUCUCCUUGGAAAUGGAUGCCUAGCAAUUUUGAAUAUUUGCUUGAUCUUGAAUUGCCCAGAAUCCCCCCCCCCCAUUUAAAUAUGAGCUUCUCAAAAUUUUUCUAUUUAUGAUCUUUCUGUUGAAGAGAAGUGUUUCUCAAACCCAUUAAUUGCUUAUAAACUGAUAAUCGCCUUUCAUUUUAAAAUUUUCUUCUUCAGUGAUAAAGCUUCUUUAGUUAUUACAAACACUGCAAAUUAAUCAUUAUUAAAUCAGUUAUGUGUUCAGCCAGUGCAUUAAUUAUUUUUACCAACAUAAAAAGGAAUUAAAAAUACACCUAAUUUUACAUUAUUUGUUUCGAAAAAUUAUCUAUAAUUGUGAGUUCAUGAAAUAGUUUAAAAAUGAGCAUAAUGAAUUUCAUAAAAGUUGAAUUUUUAAGUAAAUGCAUUUUAGUGCUUUUAUAACAUUUGGUGAAAAAUGCAUUUUAUAUUGUAAGUAGAAAACAUAGUCAAUAUGUAAUACAGCAUCGUGUACUUGUAUAUUUUAUUUUCAGAGCAUCCUCAAAAUACCUGUGCCUCAGAUUGUGAAUGUAAAACAUUAAAUAAUCAUGUCAAGUGUACUUGUUUUUUUUUAAUUGCACUUUUUUUUCCCCUUAGCCAUAUUUCUGUUACUGGAGCAAUUGAAUUAAUUCAGUUUUUAUAUAAUUGAAUGAAUUUAAGUGUUUAUUUAUUUUUAGAAAGUCAAAAUGUAGAUGUGUGUGUGUUUUUAUCUGUUAUGUUAACACUGUAAUUUUUAAUCUUCAUUUUUAUAAUUUUUACUGUAGAUUUACUGAAUUGCUGUAUAAAUGUAUUUCCGUGGUGCUCAAUUUGCUGUGAUAGCAAUCAUAAAAUGCCAUCCAUCACAAGCAUUGUGACAUAAAUCUUACCAUUAUACUUUAUUAAUGGCUUGUAGCAUCACAGGUGAUUUUUUUAAACAAACAUCAAAUUGAAUUUAAAUAAAAUAAUUUUUCUUACAAAA